AGGAGAUUAAAAGUAAAGUUCUAAACUCCUUGCGCCGCGAAGAGAGAGAGGAGGUUCCGUAGGCCUAGGCCCAGGCCAAGGAAGUUAAUAUACUAAUAUAAGAUAGGCUAUUGUACAAGAUGAGAAGAAGGGGGGAAAAACAGCUGUUCAAAAGCAUCAGUGAAGAAUAUGAAAAAAAUGAAACAAAAAUUGAAAAAGAAAUGAAGACCACCAUACUCAAAAAUUUAAAACCUUGAUCUAGAUCUAGAUCUAGUUUAGAAAUUAGAACACACGUAGGCUAGGUAAUUAUUAUACCCGCGACACUAAUUUUAUUUUGGCGCGUUUAAUUCUGGAUAGAGUACUUUCUUAUACUUUGUAAGAGCCUACGAGGAGGUUUUUAUUGUAAGGAGCUAGAUCUAGGCAGUACCUGGCAAGUGGCAGUGGCAAUACUGGCAAUGCACGUUGACAAUCAAGUAGGCCUAAAGUUGACAUCAACAAACCGAAACCACUACACAGUAGUACACAGUAGGCAGGCAGUAGGUCUAGGCCAGUUGUCGGCUUAGUGGCUGUGAAACUAGCUGUGGUAAAAAAAAAAAGCCCAAGCCGGUCUCAAAACUGAUGACAUUGUCCAUCAUUUGAUCUGGCCAAGGGUGUUUUUCACGUAGGUCUAGAUUAGAUCUAGAAUCUAGAAUCUAGUCUAGGCGAAGCGAGCGAGCUCUGAAGUCUGAAGCAUUGCGUGAGAAAUCCGAGCACGCCUUUCAUCUCACUUUCUCUUCUGUUUUGAGUGGAUCUUUAGUUUUGGCACGUGCAGUCUAGUCUAGAUUUUCUAGAUAAAUCUUCACAGCACGAUGGCAACUUCUGACUUUGUUGGAAAAAAGAUGACGAUAACUACAAUAGGCGGGUCCGAAUACUGUGGUGUCCUCUGUAGAGUAGAUGAACUCGGCGGAAAAGUGGUGCUGAAUGACGUGUUCAUAAAUGGAUCAACCAAACUCUUGGGGCCUCAGUAUUUUUCUGUUGCUGACAUACAGAACGUGAAAUGUGCCCCUGAUGUUACUGAUGAAAUGCAAAAGGAAAAUACAAGACCGAAUACCAGUUCAAAGAUGAAAUUGAGACAGCUGCGAGGAAAGAAAAUAGUGCAAUCACACCUUAGCAAACUCCGAAAUCUGGACACUGAUGACCUGGCAACAGCAAAAUGCAUCUUUUCAGAGGGUAAACAUGAGGAUGAUAUUGUUGUGCAGGACAGUGACUCCUUUGAAGACUUCUAUCAAGAUAAGGACUGCACUCAGAUUUGCAGAAUUUGUGACAAGUUUUUUGAUGCGAUUGUCUACAUAAUGGAACAAGAAGUUGUGGGUGUGACUUUUCAAGGAGUUGACAUUGGGAGACAUGGAACCUUGUCUCUCAUUCAGAUUGCUACAGACACUGAUGUCAUAAUAUUUGAUUUGCUGAGACUUGGAGAAAAAGCUUUUAAUGAAGGACUUCAAGAGGUUCUUGAAUCUUUACAUGUUCAGAAGGUGAUCCACGACUCUCGAUGGAUUUCAGAUUUGUUGUAUCAUAAAUACAAUGUCACUCUGAACAACGUGUUCGAUACACAGGUUGCUAAUGCCUACGUGUACAGCCUGUGCAACGGUGGCGAUUGGCCCAGGUACGUGGAGAGUUUGCCUGGCUGUCUCAUGUGUCACCUGGGCUUGUCUCAUGAUGAGGUGUUCAGCGACAAGAUCCGAGAAAGACAUCAACAGAAGGACCAGGAACUGUGGCUGCAGAGGCCUAUACCGGACCCUCUUUUGGUGUUUGCCUGCAAAAAUGUUCGCCACUUGGUCAAACUCUCCAGAGUUCUACUGGAUAAAAUGUUGCUUGUCUUCAAAGUCGGGGUGAAACUCUAUUUGGGUCACAGCAAAGAUGCUCCACAUGGAAAUGCGGAAAAAUUCAGGGCAAGUCAACACCUUCUCCCUUGCAGCUUUCUGGACAUUCAAAAGUAUGUGGAUUUUGAGAUUACCAAUGCCAAAGAAUUUGACUACCAAAGGAAAGACUCGCAUUAUGUGACGUAUGACCAGCGAGGGUUCCGAUCGAAUUGUUUGGGAAUUCAAGACAAAACUGUUAUCAGGAGUCAUGACUCAAUCUGGCACCGGUCGGAGUCGUACUAUAGCACAUUCCGUGAAAGAUCUGCAGUUCCUGGCCAAGAUCAGUACAGUGCCUCAAAUGGAAUGCCCGCUGAAGAGAAAUGCCGUCAAAAGCCGGUUACUCUACAAGUCGCCACUGUUGAGUCAAAUGAAGGGGAGGCAAAAUUGAACUCUCAAAAACUGAAUUCGCACAAUGAAUUUCACAGAGCUAGGAGCAACGUUGACUCAAAAAUUUGGACAACAAAGUCUGGUGAUGACAGCAGAGAAGGUGAUCAGGAAGAAAGACCAUCGUUGAAAACUAUUGGGGAAUGCUUGACAAAUGGCAGGGGUCGUGGUCAUCACAAGUCUGAGGAAUGGGAGUCAGCACAUGAAAAUGUCAGUCCUGUGAGGGCUCACCAUGAAGGCGGCCCUUCGAUAUCACAUACCUCUGUCGGGGAAGAAACCAAGUCAGGCAUAUCCCCUCCAUCAGCAAACCGUAAGCUUCGUGGCAUGCAACCUCAGCCUAGUUCGAGACUUUCGGGAUCUAAACUUUUUCAGUUAGGAAUGCAGCAGUCUUGCUCAAAUCAAGUUAACGGGGAUGGUGUUAAUAACGUGGCUCCGCCACUGUCAGACUCGGACAGUGUCUCGGACGUGACUAAAGUUAGUGGACUGAACAAUUCGAACAAAGGGAAUAUUUCUGUGACUGUUGAGCAAGAUGAACUCAGCAAUGGAUUUGUUGCAGAAAGUGAAAAUGAACAAAUGAAAAACAAACCGCAGAAAAUGAAUGGGUUUGGCAUUGGUAGAGGGAGACAGCCUCGCAAUGGGCAUCCCUCGAGGAAGUUGAACUUUGAGACCUCUUCCUAUGCUUCUUCAUUUUCUCCUAUGGACUUUGAUGAUGGACAGGAUAGUGGUCAAGAUCACUUUGUUUCUAGUGCCGAGAAAAGGGCGUCACCGGGUUCAUUUGGCUUCAAAAGUUCGGGCACAUCCUCAGCCAGUGACACUGAUCCGCCCGGAGUCUCUGAGCGGUUGGUGAGGAAUGCCGAAAGGGAGAGCAUACUUCUGGAAAACAUUGCUCCGGCGGGUUACAACAGUGGAGGUAAAAGUGGCAAGAAAAAGAUGAAGCAGCUGGAGAAUAUGUACCAUGGAGCAUCAGAAACAUCGGGUAUUAUUGCAAGAGAAUGUGCAAGAUUGUCAAGAAAGGCGGCACCUUCAUGUGAAGGUGGAAUUGAAGAAGACCUAGUGUUGAUACCCCACCAAACCUCUUUGAAAAGGGAUAAACUGCGUCCCCUUGGUGUUUCAGCAAUCGGAGACCCAUGUUCUGACGACACCCUCGUCAACAACAGAGGAAGUUCUUCCGUAGAGGCUUUCAUUCAAACUCAGCUGGCAAUGAACAACGAAGACGCCAUCCAAGACAGCGACAUAAGUGACUUCGAGCAGUCGGAAAAGUUCAAGAAUGUUUUGGAAGUGGCAAAAUCUGUUUCAUUUCCGAGCAAUAAUCUAAAAAGUAGACUUUUACCAUCUAAAGUGAAAAUCUCACCUUCUGCUGGCAGUUCAAAAAGGUAGCAGCUGUCUGUUCACUUAGUUCAUCUCUGUUGUGGUUUUUUUUUAAAGAGAAAGUUUGACCAAAUGUCUUGUUAACUCUUUCACUAUUUGGCCUGUGUCCAGGUGUGGGUCACGCUCAGACAAUGCCAUUUCAGAGCACCCAAAUCAUAACCCAUGGUGGUCUUUGUAGAAGCCUAUUCACUACUUCUUUUUUAACAUAAACCUGUACAUAUUGGAUAUCAAAAGAAAGAGGAUAAGUUGAAGGUUUGAAAAAUGUGUGAUUUAUAGGGACAGCAUUUAUGUAAAAGGGGAAAAAAAGAGAUUUUUGGAACAAUUACGAACAACUAUUAUUGAAUAAUUUCCAACUUCAAAUGCACUCGCUUUGAUAUAUACAAAUGUGAAAUUUUCCCAAAUACUGUUAUAUCCAUUUAACCAAUUCCACAGCAAAUUUCAUGCAAAUAUCUUUGCUUUACAAGAAAGUUAUGAAAGUUUACAAGUCAUGAGAGUGUCCUGCUGCAAUGUCACAGAAAAGUAGAUCCAAAAACUUGGAAAAGGGAGGUGCUGAAAGUAGAAACAUAAUGUUACUGUGUGUCAUUCAAAUUUCUUUGUGUGUGCCUCACUAGAAAACACGCUACUUUACACCUUUAUACAGUUGAGGCAUGUUGGGGCAAACAGUGCAAUCAUUUCAAGGGCAUUUGGGUUGUCCGGCUUUGCUGCAAACUCGGCAGUUCCUGUCAUGCCUACCCCUGCUGAUUCCUGGUAGUGGGUUGUAGGUGCAAGGCGUUGAGUGGGCUCGACCUCAAUAGGUCGCCGAGGUGAUACAGUUGCGGUGUUGGCUGCAUACGUUAGCUGCCUGAUGAGGUUGUCCUUGAACUGAAGCAGGGUAGAGGCCUUCGCUCGUGCCUAUUGUCUUGGAUCUGACAGAGGUGAAACAAGAUGCUUGCGUUGAUGUGGCUUUGUUCAAGGAGCCAGAAGAAAAUCUUUCUCCUCCAUUUAACCGCGCUUAUCCCCUAUAAGUGCGUUUAGGCUGAAAAAAUUUGUAUGCACAUCAAUCUGGUUAGCCUAUCCUAUUCGGGUUUUCACAUUAAAAGUUACCGCACCUCUGGGGGUCCGAUAGCGGGCCUCAACGUGUGUAAAUGUGGCUGCACUUUUGUUUUCCUAAGCAAAUGAUCAAUCACUGAAAGUUUCACAUUUUGGCCUGAAUAAAAUGCUCAUUUAGCCCAUAAGAUUUUUUAAAAGAAUAUUUGUAGCUGAAAUUGUUG